AUGGUGAAACUAGCUUUCUUCAUGCUAAGAAAAGGAAUCUCCAAGAAGAAAUUACUUUUAGACCUCAACUUGAUGAUGAAGCGAGGAAAGACGGCGUUCACCGGAAAAGUCUCCACCACUCGCGGCGGUUUUGUUGGUGGUGGUGACGCCUUUCAAGAGUACGAGUUCAGCUGUAGUAACACCCCUUUAUACCACCAUUACUUUACCAACAACAAGAAGAAAAACCACCACCAAAGCUACUACUAUUACGUGCCGUCGCCGAAAAUUAUUAAUAAUGACGCCGUUAAUCAUGAUUUAGAGGCUAUUAACAAGGUGUUAGAGACUGUUUUAUCAAGUAAACUGAGGAUAACGGAUUCUCCAUUUCCGUUAAAAGACGAGGAAGAAUUUGUUGAUCAUUGUGUGGAUGAAGCUGCUGAAGAGUUUAUUAAGAGGUUUUACUCGCAACUUAAGGAGCAAAACUGUUAG